GGUCAAGGCUGGCUCGUGCCAGCGCCGCGCGCGCGCGCACACACGCACACACCGGGGGAAACUUUUUCAAAAAAAUGAAAGCCUAGACUCGCUCCUCGGAGGCGCGGGCGCUGCGCGAGGGCUCCGGGGCGGACUCCCCGCGGCAGGAAGUCCCUCGGGUCGCGCCGCCCGGCCCCCGCUCGGCGCCCGCGUGGGAUGGUGCAGCGCUCGCCUCCCGGCCCCGAGAGCUGCUGCACCGAAGGCCGCCGACCAUGGCAGCGCGCCCGCCGCCCGCGCCCCCCGCCCGCGCCCUCCUGCUCGCCCUGGCCGGGGCUCUGCUGUCGCCCCCCGCGGCCCGAGCGGUGAACCCGGGAAGCAAGUUAGCCCCCACCAUGCAGCCGGCUGGAAGAAGGGGCCGGGGGGGAGCUUAUGAAGUUGUCCGUGUUUCUCUCUUGAAUGGAGAUCUCUGGGACCCGAUGGAGAGCGUCCACGCAAAGAAUCAUCCAGAAGUGUUGAAUUUUCGAAUACAACUGGGAAGCAAAGAACUGAUCAUACAUCUGGAAAGAAACGAAGGUCUCAUUGCUAGCAGUUUCACAGAAACUCAUUAUCUGCAAGAUGGCACUGACAUCUCCCUCAGUCGAAAUCACACGGGUCACUGCUACUACCACGGACACGUGCAAGGACACUCUGGUUCCACCGCCAGCUUCAGCACUUGCUCUGGCCUCAGGGGACUUAUUACAUUUGAAAAUAGCACCUAUAUCUUGGAACCAGUGGAAAGUGAAAGAAACAAACACAAGCUCUUCCCGGUGGAGAAGCUGAAGGGCACCUGGGGGUCCUGCGGGUCACAUCACAGCACGUCUGCGCUCCCUGCAGGGAACUGGCUCCCACCACCCUCCCGGACGUGGCCAAGAAGGCAUAAAAGAGAAACCCUCAAGAUGACCAAGUACGUAGAGCUGGUUAUCGUAGCAGACAACCGGGAGUUUCAGAGGCAAGGAAAAGAUCUGGAAAAAGUUAAGCAGCGAUUAAUAGAGAUUGCUAAUCACGUUGACAAGUUUUACAGAUCCCUGAACAUUCGGAUAGUGCUUGUGGGUGUGGAGGUGUGGAAUGACAUCGACAAAUGCUCCAUAAGUCAGGACCCGUUCACAAGCCUCCAUGAAUUUCUGGAUUGGAGAAAGAUGAAGCUUCUACCUCGCAAAUCGCAUGACAAUGCCCAGCUCAUCAGUGGGGUUUAUUUCCAAGGGACGACCAUUGGCAUGGCACCGAUCAUGAGCAUGUGUACCGCAGAGCAGUCAGGAGGAAUCGUCAUGGACCAUUCAGACAGCCCCCUUGGCGCCGCCGUGACCCUGGCACAUGAGCUGGGCCACAACUUCGGGAUGAACCACGACACGCUGGAGCGAGGCUGUGGUUGCAGUGUGGCUGCCGACAAAGGAGGCUGCAUCAUGAACCCCUCCACAGGGUUCCCGUUCCCCAUGGUGUUCAGCAGCUGUAGCAAGAAGGACCUGGAGGUCAGCCUGGAGAAGGGCGUGGGGAUGUGCCUCUUCAACCUGCCGGAAGUGAAGCAGUCUUUUGGGGGCCAGAAGUGUGGGAACGGCUAUGUGGAACAAGGGGAGGAGUGUGACUGCGGGGAGCCCGAGGGAUGUGUGAAUCUUUGCUGCAACGCCAGCACGUGCACCCUGAAGCCGGACGCCGUGUGUGCCCACGGGCUGUGCUGCCAAGACUGCCAGCUCAAACCUGCGGGAACAGCGUGCAGGGACUCCAGCAACUCCUGCGACCUCCCAGAGUUCUGCACAGGGGCCAGCCCGCACUGCCCCGCCAACGUGUACCUGCACGACGGGCACCCGUGUCAGGGGGUGGACGGCUACUGCUACAACGGCAUCUGUCAGACCCAUGAGCAGCAGUGCAUCACGCUCUGGGGACCAGGUGCUAAACCUGCCCCCGGGAUCUGCUUCGAGAGAGUCAACUCUGCAGGUGACCCGUACGGCAACUGUGGCAAGGACUCCAAGAGUUCAUUUGCCAAAUGCGAGAUGAGAGAUGCUAAAUGUGGAAAAAUCCAGUGUCAAGGAGGUGCCAGCCGGCCCGUCAUUGGUACCAAUGCCGUCUCCAUAGAAACAAACAUCCCACUGCGGGAAGGAGGUCGGAUUCUGUGCCGCGGGACCCACGUGUACUUGGGGGAUGACCUCCCGGACCCCGGGCUUGUGCUUGCCGGCACCAAGUGUGCAGAUGGAAAAAUUUGCCUCAAUCGUCGCUGUCAAAACACAAGCGUCUUUGGCGUUCAGGAGUGUGUGAAGCAGUGUCACCAAAGAGGGGUGUGUAACAACCGCAAGAACUGCCACUGCGAGGCCCACUGGGCGCCUCCGUUCUGUGAUAAGUUUGGCUUCGGGGGAAGCACAGACAGCGGCCCCGUCCGGCGAGCAGAUAACCAAGGUUUAACCAUAGGAAUUCUGGUGGCCAUCCUCUGUCUUCUUGCUGCUGGAUUUGUAGUUUAUCUGAAAAGGAAGACAUUAAUUCGCCUGCUGUUUACAGAUAAAAAAACCACCAUUGAAAAGCUAAGGUGUGUGCGCCCUUCACGGCCGUCUCGCGGUUCCCAGCCCGGUCAGGCUCACCUCGGCCCCCUCAGCAAAGGCCUGAUGAGGAAGCUGCCACAUUCCAGCAUGUCAAAGGGCAAUACCAGGAGAUGGUCCCCGUGUCAGAACGUGCACAUCAGCGGGCCCCUCCAAGCCCACGACGCCCCUCCGCCCAGUUCUCCUCAGCGAGUGCUCCCGCCCCUCCAGAAGGCGCCUCGUGCACCCCUCGUCCCCGCCAGACCCCUGCCGGCCAGCCCUGCACUCCGGCAGGCCCAGGGACCUCGCAAGCCAAACCCUCCUCAGAAGCCUCUGCCUGCAGAUCCUUUGAGCAGGACCAGCCGGCUCGCCAGUGCCUCAGCCAGGGCCCCAGGACAGCAGGAGGCUGGGCUCCGCCUGGUGCCCCUCAGACCCGCUCCCAAGCACCCCCACCAAGCACCCAGGCCCCCCCACACUGCCUACACGAAGUGAGAAGCAAGUCGACACCUUUUCUCGACAGCGAAGACAGAAGUUUGCACUAUCGUUCAACUCCAGUUGGAGUUUGUUUUUUUGUACCAACUUUUAGAAUUUUUUUUAAAAUGUUUAAAACACCCGUAUUCUCCGAACUCGAGCUACUGCCGUCGGUGCUGUGCUGUGCUAUGGUGCUCUGUACACUUGCUCAGGAACUUGUAAAUUAUUAAUUUAUGCCCGAUGCUGGCUCCAGUGCAGUGCGCUGUGGGAGGCAUUUUUUUUUUUUUUAACCAUCACUGAGUUUUCCAUGGAAGGAAGCCUUGUGCGCUUUCAGUAGUUCAGUGAACUUGAAAUCUCAUGCUGCAUGGGAUUCUGGACAGGAGGCUGUCUUUUUGAUCGAGGUUUUAUUGGCAGAAUGGUUCUCCAACAAUCUCUCCAUGGCUGUGGUCAUGGCACAGACCCAGCUCAGGAGCCCCCAGGCAGAACCUUGAGUGAUUCUCUGGAACCCCCAAUGAUCUCAGCCCAGGGCCAGGGGCUUCAUGUCCAGACUGGGCUGGGCUUUCAGGGAGCCCCUGGGCCUCAGCCCACCAGCAGCCACACCUUGAAGGUCCAGGAUAGAAGGGGAGGCCCUGGCUUCUGGCCAGGAAGGUCUGGAGAGAACCUGAGCCAGGGCACAGACUGGAACACAAGGCCAGGCAGAAACUUGACCUUGAACUCGCAGGCCUUGAGCACAUUUGGAGAGCAGACAAAGACCAUUGCUUUACAGAAACAUUGCCCUUCCCGUGAUGCUGUGGCCUCAGCACCUUGUUUAGAUGGGGAAGGGGGUGUUUGUGCAAGCAGGCUGCACCCAGGCACUGCAAGCCUCCAGCCCCCCGGUACUGCUUGGAGCUAAGCAAAUUACCACCUUAUCUUCUCAACUGUAAUACAAUGAUUCUGUGUUCGGACAGAUAGAUGAGGCUUUCCAUGCGACCAUAACUAUUUUCAGAUGUGAACCAGUAACCAGAUCUAGUGAAUCAACAUUGUAGAUAAAAAUCUCUUCUUGCAAAAUUCAGCUUAUUAAAAAUUAGGCAGACUCCCUAUGCCCACAAAAACUACAACCAAACAGAACGCUGUGUGGCAGGCUGUGU